GACAUAUGAACGAGCAUUGAGAAUGCGGAGGAGGAAUUCAUGCAGAUCUAGCUGAUGACGACCAAUGUGGGGAGGAGAGCUGUAGGCAGGGCUGUGGAUAUGCACUCUUGGGGGGGUUAAGCUACGGCAAGACCUCUACACUGAGCAGCUUGAGGCAGGGCCUGAGUUGUAUUGUGCUCUGGGAGUUUGUGGUGACAUUUUAAUUGGGGUCAUAUUGGAUUUAAGUCAAACGGGUUAGAGAUGCAGAUCGGUGAGUUUGCGCGGUAAUUAAGAGGCGCUCGUCUCUCAAGGCGCUUGUCUUCCAAGCACUGCUGAAAAGCACAGCCUUUGUCAUAUUCUGGGACUCUCAGAGAAGCCUGACAGUUACAGACAAUUACUGACAAACAAGAAAUCAUUUGGUAUUGGCAACGAUUCAAGGAUGCACACGAAAAUGGCAGUGAGCGCACUCUGCAGUUUACAAAGUCAGCCUGGCCUCCGACGCAGAGGAGAGGCUGCUCAGCCACCUGCUGGGUCCCCAGCACUACAACAAGCUCCUCCGACCCGCAGCGAACAGGAGCCAGCUGGUCACCGUCGCCAUCCAGGUCUCCUUGUCCCAGCUCAUCAGUGUGAAUGAGAGGGAGCAGAUCAUGACCACGAACGUGUGGCUGAACCAGGAAUGGAAUGACUACCGUUUGACGUGGGACCCCCAAGAAUAUGAGGGCAUCAAGAAGCUCCGUGUCCCCUCUCAUGACAUAUGGCUACCCGACAUCGUCCUCUACAACAAUGCUGAUGGGACAUAUGAAGUGUCCUUUUACUGCAAUGCUGUGCUGUCCAACACGGGCGAUAUUGUCUGGCUUCCCCCGGCGAUCUACAAAAGUGCCUGCAAAAUCGAGGUGAAGAACUUUCCGUUUGACCAGCAGAACUGCACACUUAAGUUCCGCUCUUGGACCUACGACCGCACGGAGAUCGAUAUCGUCCUCACGAGCGACUUCGCCAGCCAGGACGACUUCACGCCCAGCGGCGAGUGGGACAUCGUGUCUCUGCCGGGCAGGAAGAACGAAGACCCAGAUGAUGCAACUUACCUUGACGUCACGUACGAUUUCAUCAUCAAAAGGAAGCCUCUCUUCUAUACCAUUAACCUCAUCAUACCUUGUAUCCUCAUCACAUCACUGGCCAUCCUGGUCUUCUACUUACCCUCUGACUGCGGUGAAAAGAUAACCUUGUGUAUCUCCGUCCUCCUGGCCCUCACUGUCUUCCUCCUCCUGAUCUCCAAAAUCGUCCCACCCACCUCAUUGGCUGUCCCACUGAUUGGAAAAUACUUGAUGUUUACAAUGGUCCUGGUGACCUUCUCCAUCGUCACCAGCGUGUGUGUGCUUAACGUGCACCACCGCUCUCCAAACACCCACCGAAUGCCGGACUGGGUCAAAAAGCUCUUCCUCCAAAUGCUACCCACCUUCCUCUUCAUGCACAGACCCAGAAGCGCCAAAAGAUGGGGCAAGUUUCACCAGAAGCAGCGGCAGAUGUCCUACAGCGACCUCAAGCUUGACCAGACCAACGUAGACUCCUCCUACGGGGAUGAGGAGUCAGCCAGGAAGUAUGGGUGGAAGCUCAGCGACUAUCCUGAGAAUGUGGAGUUCAGGAGGAGGUUGACCUUUAGCUGUAACUCCGAUAUGGAGGAGGCGGUGGAUGGUGUUCGCUUCAUUGCGGAGCACCUGAGGAAUGAGGACGAUGAUGAGAGUGUAAUCGAAGACUGGAAGUACGUGGCUAUGGUGAUCGACCGACUCUUCCUGUGGAUAUUCAUCCUGGUCUGCGUGCUGGGAACACUGGCGAUGUUCACACAGCCCUUGUUUCAAAGCUACAACAGGCCGUCUACAGAUGAUUGGUAAACGGUCGAAAACACCUUCAGCAACUGCUCGUAAUCUAAUAUCAGAUGCAGUGUAUGGCUAUGAUAAGGUCAGAAAAUGCAUUUUUAUAAACAGGCUGUAUGUUUUUUGGUUCUUGGUGGGUUAUUGCAAUGUUGUUUUGACAACUUAUUGCUCAGAGUUUUAUAAUAAUAAAAACAACCAACAAAACAUUUCAUGACUGAAGUCUAUUCUUGAUGUGUUUACUAACAAAAAAAAUCAGUUUAUUUAUCUAGGUUUGCUGAUGUCUAGACAAACCAAACUGGGCGUGAUGGCAUGAGCUGCUGUCUGCAGACCGCAAGCCAGCGAACACAUGCAGCAGGUCGGACACAGAAACACCGUGCGCCAACAUGGCUGCCAUCAGCCUCUAGCUGAGAUCACAUGACCAAAGUGGGAUGAUCCCACUGAGAUCACAUGACCAAAGUGGGGCACUGAGCCUGUGGGGCUCAAUACACUCAAUAUGCAUGUCUUUGUGAUUGUUUUAAGGUGAAAUAAAUCUGUUACUGUUUUGUUAAACUUAUACACAGUGAUGUAUCUCUCAUUUAACAUCAAGUGACUGUUAUUAUGACUAUUUUCCUGGACAAAUACCUUCUUUAUCAUUGGUUUUAUUUUUAAUUAAAUAUGUGAUGAUAGAGGGAUUUAUUAAAAAAUCAAUAAAUAUUAAUGAGAUUAAUAUAUAUAAAAAAUAAAUGAUGCAACAUGAAACAUUAAGAGAAUUGAAGGGUUG